GCUCCGAGGGCGGAAGUGCGCUCCUAGGUCUCGGGCGCUGACCAGCGGCAACAUGGUGGUUGAGGUGCUGGAGACGUCUCACGUGUUUUGCUGUCCGAACCGGGUGCGGGGAGUCCUGAGCUGGAGCCCUGGACCCGGAGGACUUCUGGCCUUCGGCACCUCCUGCUCUGUAGUACUCUAUGACCCUCAGAAAAAGGUUGUUGUUACCAACCUGAAUGGUCACACUGCUCGAGUCAAUUGCGUACAGUGGAUUUGUAAACAGGAUGGUUCUCCUUCAACAGAAUUAAUUUCUGGAGGAUCCGAUAAUCAAGUGAUUCACUGGGAAAUAGAAGAUAACCAGCUUUUAAAAGCAGUCCCUCUCCAAGGCCAUGAAGGACCUGUUAAUUCAGUGUGUGCUGUUUACCAGAGGAGGGCAUCAGACGUCACAUCACACACAUUGAUGGUUUCUGCGGCUUCAGAUUCAACUGUUCGAAUCUGGUCUAAAACGGGUUCAGAAGUAAUAUGCCUUCAGACCUUGGACUUUGGAAAUGGAUUUGCUCUGACUCUCUCCUUAUCUUUUUUGCCUGACACUGAUGUACCAGUACUAGCAUGUGGUGAUGACGACUGCAAAAUUCACUUACUUGUUCAACAGAAUGAUCAGUUUCAGAAAGUUCUUUUUCUCUGUGGACAUGAGGAUUGGAUAAGAGGCGUGGAAUGGGCAAUCUUUGGUAGAGGUCUUUUCCUAGCAAGCUGUUCACAAGAUUGUCUGAUAAGAAUAUGGAGGCUAUAUAUAAAAUCGACAUCUUUAGAAAUGCAAGAUGAUGAUAAUAUAAGACUGAAGGAAAAUACUUUCACUAUAGAAAAUGAAAGUAUUAAAAUAGAAUUUGCUGUUACUCUAGAGACUGUGCUAGCUGGUCAUGAAAACUGGGUAAAUGCAGUUCAUUGGCAACCUUCAUUUUACAAAGAUGGUAUUCUACAGCAACCGAUGAGAUUGCUGUCUGCCUCAAUGGAUAAAACCAUGAUUCUUUGGUCCCCAGAUGAAGAGUCAGGAGUUUGGCUAGAACAGGUUCGAGUAGGUGAAGUUGGUGGGAAUACUCUGGGGUUCUAUGAUUGCCAGUUCAAUGAAGAUGGCUCCAUGAUCAUUGCACAUGCUUUCCACGGAGCAUUGCACCUUUGGAAGCAGAGUGCAGCUAACCCAAAAGAGUGGACUCCAGAGAUUGUCAUUUCAGGACACUUUGAUGGUGUCCAAGAUCUGAUGUGGGAUCCAGAAGGAGAAUUUAUCAUCACAGUUGGUACUGACCAGACAACACGCCUUUUUGCUCCAUGGAAGAGAAAAGACCAAUCACAGGUGACUUGGCAUGAAAUUGCAAGGCCUCAGAUACAUGGAUAUGACCUGAAAUGUUUAGCCAUAAUUAACCGGUUCCAGUUUGUAUCUGGAGCAGAUGAAAAAGUUCUUCGAGUUUUUUCUGCUCCUCGGAAUUUUGUGGAAAAUUUUUGUGCCAUUACAGGCCAGUCACUGAAUCACAUACUUUGUAAUCAAGACACUGAUAUUCCUGAAGGAGCUUCUGUUCCUGCUUUGGGAUUAUCAAAUAAAGCUAUAUUUCAGGGCGAUAUGACUCCUCAGCCUUCUGAUGAAGAGGAACUGUUAACUAGUACUGGUUUUGAGUAUCACCAUAUGGCCUUUCACCCUUCCAUACUCACUGAACCUCCCACUGAGGAUCAUCUUUUGCAGAAUACAUUGUGGCCUGAAGUUCAAAAACUAUAUGGACAUGGUUAUGAAAUAUUUUGUGUUGCUUGUAGCAAUUCAAAGACUCUGCUUGCCUCAGCAUGUAAGGCAGCUAAGAAAGAGCAUGCAGCUAUCAUUCUCUGGAAUACUACAUCUUGGAAACAAGUGCAGAAUUUAGUUUUCCACAGUUUGACUGUCACACAGAUGGCCUUCUCACCUAACGACAAGUUCUUACUAGCUGUUUCCAGAGAUCGGACCUGGUCAUUGUGGAAAAGGCAGGACACGGUCUCACCUGAGCUAGAGCCUAUUUUCAGUCUAUUUGCCUUCACCAACAAAGUCACUGCUGUGCACAGUAGAAUUAUUUGGUCUUGUGAUUGGAGUCCUGAUGGCAAAUAUUUCUUCACAGGGAGUCGAGACAGAAAGGUGGUUGUCUGGGGUGAAUGUGACUCCAGUGCUGACUCCGUGGAGCAUAGCAUUGGCCCCUGCUCCUCGGUCCUGGACGUAGGUGGGGCUGUGACAGCUGUCAGGGUCUGCCCAGUGCUUAACUUCUCCCAACGGUAUGUUAUUGCAGUAGGAUUAGAAUGUGGAAAGAUUUGUUUGUACAGCUGGAAAAAGACUGAUCAAGUUCCAGAAAUAAAUGAUUGGACCCACUGUAUACAAACAAGUCAAAGCCAAAGUCACACACUUGCUAUCAAAAAAUUAUGCUGGAAGAACAGUAACAGAAAAACUGACAAGAGUGAAGCAGAAAGUGCUGAAUGGUUAUACUUUGCGAGUUGUGGUGAAGAUCAUACUGUGAAGAUAUACAGAGUUAACAGAUGUGCACUGUAAUGGACUUAAUAACUAAAAGUGUCUUAAAUAAUGUAAUCAUUAUUGUCUUAAAAUAUUUAUCUUGUAAAUACAUAACCUUUCUUUACCUUUAUAA